AUGGACUUUCGGAGAGUAGACUCAUUGAGAAUAAGUGAGAUCAUUGAGAAGAAUGGAUCCCUUGUGAGAGAUGGACACUCGGAUGCUAAUGGAUCUUGGAUGAUUGGUAGCAUCUAUUUAUGGUCGUACGUGUACCAUAUUAUGCGUAUAUAUUCAAGUAAGGAUUCUGAUGAAGCCAAAUUGGAUGCCUUACCGGAGGGUACAGAGUCUGCUGGAGAAACAUCAGAAAAUCUUCCACAACGUCGUACAGGGCCCUUGCUUGCUUUAAAAGAGCCCUCAUUUGAAGAGGGUCACAUGGAGCACUUUGAGCUUGAUUGUGUGGUGUCACAGGAGAAGGUGAAGGAGCCAUUUCUGAAGAACAUUAAGCACGGCUUUCAAAAGGUUAUAAAGAAACUCAACUUGAGGAAAUUGUUUUCGCCUGUAAUUCAUGGAGCGAUUGUUGGAUUUUUUAUUGGUAUCAUCCCUCCGUUCCAUAAAGCACUAAUUGGUGAUAAUGCCCCUCUUCAUGUGGUUGAAGACUCUGCGUACUUGCUGGGGUCAGUGUCUUAUUUUGAUGAAAUGAAGAAUGCCAAAGAAUCGGCCAUUCCAAUUGUCACUUUGAUUUUAGGAGCAAAUCUUCUUAAGGGUUUGAAAGGGUCAACGGUACCACUCAUGGUAAUUGUCGGUAUAGUGGCAGUCCGAUAUAUUAUUUUGCCGAUUUUGGGAGCAAUUAUCAUUAAAUAUGCAGUCCGCUAUGGCUUGUUGCACUCUGAUCCACUGUAUCAGUUUGUUCUUAUGCUUCAAUUUGCACUUCCUCCAGCGAUCGGCAUAGGCACAAUGACCCAGUUGUUUGGAACUUGCCAAACCGAAUGCUCUGUGAUCAUGCUAUGCACCUAUGCCUUGGCCACAAUUUCGCUGACACUUUGGUCAACAUUCUUCAUCUGGUUAAUCAGAUAG